AUAGAAAAAAGAAACAAGUGUUUUUUUUGUUGGUUGAUAAAGCAAAAGAAAGAAUAAUAUAGUUGACACUUAGACAUAAAUUUUGGACUUUGUUUGUAUUUGGAACCCACUCACACCUACACAACACAAAAUAAAACAAAACAUAGUAAGAAGAAGAACAGAGAUCUAGCUUCAACCCGUUUCAAAAUCAAAUUUUUCACACAUUCUUAGCUGAUUCAGUGUCAUGGGGAGACAAGUUACAGAAAUGCAAGUUGAGGAUCAGAAACCAAAUGGUGUAGCAAUAGCUUUGAAUGGAAGUCCUAAUGAUAACGGACACGUUACUUCUAAAAUUGCAGCGGUUAAGCUUGAAGCAGAGGAUCAUGAAGUUAAGGAAUGUACUGAAGUCAAUGUGUUUGUUGAGAAAUGUCACGAGACGAAGGAUGCUUUGGUUGCCAAAACAACAAGCGGUAAGAACGACUUGCAUGAAGAUGAGAGUGAGAAACAUGAAGUGCAGAAAAAGUCGGGUGGCGACAAAGAGUUAAGCUCAACACAACCAUCUGAUUUGGUUACUGAAAAGAACGGAUCCUACACACAUGUUGAUACUACUGAAGCUGUUCUGGCUGGUCUGAACUUGUCGCCAAAUGCUAACAACAUGCACUCACCUUACUCAUCAAAGAACUCUCUGCCAAAGACACCUUUUUCAUCAACUAAGCCCUUGCAUCAUUAUGACAAGAAGAACUACGAUGAUGAAGAUAAUUGGUCGGUUGCUUCCUCUGCUAUGUCAAUGCGUACUGCGAGAUCAAAGGUAACUCAGGGUUCUGCCCCUACAUUUAGAAGCUCUGAACGUGCAGCAAAACGAAGAGAGUUUUAUCUCAAGCUAGAGGAGAAAAAUCGAGCUCUUUUAGAAGAAAAAAGUCAGUAUGAGGCAAGACUAAAGGAAGAGCAAGAAGCAGCCAUCAAGCAGAUGAGAAAGAACUUGGUAAUUAAAGCAAAGCCGGUACCCAAUUUCUACUAUGAGGCGCCUCCACCUAAGGCUGAACUCAAGAAGCUGCCACUAACACGCCCAAAGUCACCAAAACUGAAUCUGAAUCGGAGAAGGACCUUUGGUGAUGCUGUGAACUCACAAUCUCGUGAAGUUGGUAACCGAGCACGUCACAGCACUGGUUGUAGCCACAUCAAGGGUGGCUCUAAUACUAAUGACCCUCUCACUCAGAACAUUAAGGACCAGGCCAUUCGGCGCAAUAGCAACGGCGCUUACAAAACCAAAGAACGACCAAAAGUGGAUACUGAGACUAAAACAGGUCCUCCAAACAUCAUCCAACACCCAAAUGCAGACAUAUCAGUCCAAUCAUAACUCAGGAAAAGACGCUAAUUUAUUUUUCAUAUGGACUUGACUUCUCUGAUUUGUGUUAAUUUGCGCGGUGUAUAUGGUUUUGUAAGUUAUGUUGAUGCGGGUCAUGUUUUAUAUAAUCAAUAGUUACUGAUGUAGUAUGUAUGAUAUGUGAUGUUGUUCCCCCAAACUAGGCCUGCCGGAUUUCGUAAAGUUAUAUGAUGAAAUAUAUAUUUCUUUAUGUUGACAUAGGAUUAGGUUGUCAUAUGGUUUUUUCUGAGUGUUAAAUGUUGUUUUUAAUGGGGGAACAUACCAUGUAAUGCACCUUUUUGUUCCAGAAUUGAGUUUGCAUAUGUUUAUUUUGAUUAUA